AUGCUCUUCAACGCUCUUCUACUCUCCUCUACAGCUCUCCUCGCCCGAGCUGCAAACUUUGAUGUCCGGGUCGGAGGACUCGAGGGCGGUAACCCCGUUCUCAAAUUUAACCCAGAGUUUGUCAAUGCUAACGUCGGCGACACCGUGACGUUCCAUUUCGCUCAGCGCAACCACUCGGUGGUCGAGACCAGCUUCAAUUCGGUCUGCCAGCCCCUGCUCAACGAACAGCAUGUUCCCACGUUUUCAACUCAAUUCCACCCAGUUGCAAACGAUGAGACCAAUUUCCCAACAGAGGUCUACACUGUCACGGACGCCUCGAAGCCUCUCUGGUUCUACUGCAGCCAGAAGAGCCAUUGUGGUAAAGGCAUGAUCUUCAGUAUCAACUGCCCGACCACUGGUGAGAAUACCCUCGACGCUUUCCGUCAACGAGCCCUCGCCAUCGGUGCUGCUGAAGCUGCCGCCUCGUCUUCUGCCGCUGCCUGGUCGUCUACUGCGAGUCCCGAUGUCUAUGGUGGCCAGACGUACCCGCCAGUCUACCAUCCUACUGUCACCAGGACCGUCACAUUCCAGACUGAGACUUGGACGACGACCUAUGAGUCGUAUGAAAACUCACCAGAGCCAACGCCCGUUGCGGAAGAUGGAAUUGUACACACAGUCCUUGUUGGCGCCAACGGUAGCCUCGCAUAUGACCCGCCAUCUAUCCAAGCAAACGUUCGCGACACGGUCCGCUUCGUUUUCAAGGCGAAGAACCACACCAUCACCCAGUCGUCGUUCGGUGACCCGUGCCGCAAGCUCGAGUUCACGUCGACCACUGGUCAAGUCGGCUUCGACUCUGGAUUCGUCCCUGGCAAGGAUGACAACUCUGCAUUCUUCGACGUCAAGGUCAACGAGACUGGCCCCAUCUGGGCAUACUGCCGCCAAGGUAACCACUGCGGUCAGGGUAUGGUCUUUGCCAUCAACGCAGACGAGUCGUCCGCUCGCAACUUUGCCGCAUUCCAGGCUCUCGCAAAGACCAUCAAUGGUACUGGCUCGAACAACGGUAACACGGCCGGAAACGGCAGCCCUGGUGCUGGGUUCGCGACUGCAUCUGUCGUUGGCGGGCUUGCUACGCUCGUCCUCGUUGGAUUCGGUAGUGUCGCUGCUGUCAUGUUCUAA